AUGCUGGAAGGCCGGCUGUGCACCCCACUCUCAUUUCACCCCAAGCGUCUCUCAACCCUAUUCCGCCGACCCUCGCUGUCCGUAGAAGGCGCCGAGACGCAAACAUAUACUUCGGCGCUCGACCUGAUUGGCCAAUCCGUACUUAUCGGCUCACCGCCCUUUUUAUCGAAAAAGCAGUUUCUCCCCGCGGAGUCACCGUCUCUCCGCGCCACACACUCUUUGUUUCUCUCCUUGCUGUCAUUUGCUGCAAUGUCUGCCUCUCUCCCUGGCAGUCGGGACAUGCCCGCAUCCCAAUAUGACUUGAAAACAUACUGGGGUCGCGUGCGUCAUUCCGCCGACAUUGCGGAUCCUCGGACAUUGUUCGUUUCUUCGUCCGGUCUUGAGGCCGCCAAGAGCCUUAUCGCUUCCUACAAGCAGAACAAAAUCCCAACCAUGACCUCGGAGCUGUGGUCGGCCAAGAAAGUCGUCGAUGCGACAUUGCACCCUGACACGGGCGAACCCGUUUUCCUGCCCUUCCGCAUGUCAGCCUACGUGCUGUCCAACUUGGUGGUCACAGCCGGCAUGCUGACCCCGGGAUUGAACACCACCGGUACCCUCCUUUGGCAGAUCGGUAACCAGUCGCUUAACGUCGCUAUCAACAAUGCCAACUCCAACAAGUCCACCCCCCUCUCUAUGUCGCAGAUCGGCAAGUCCUACUUGAUGGCCGUCUCGGCAUCCUGCUCUGUGGCAGUGGGUCUGAAUGCCCUGGUUCCCCGCCUUAAGGGCAUCAAGCCAAACACACGUCUCAUUCUCUCUCGGCUGGUUCCCUUCGCUGCUGUCGCCUCUGCCUCCGCUCUCAAUGUCUUCCUCAUGCGCGGCGAGGAAAUCCGCCGCGGAAUUGACGUCUACCCCAUUCUCUCGGAGGCGGAGCGCGCAAAGCGCGAGUCCGACCCCAAUGCCGAGCCCAUCCAGAGUCUCGGAAAGAGCAAGAAGGCCGCUACCCUCGCUGUCGGCGAGACUGCCAUCUCCCGUGUGCUGAACGCCACACCUAUCAUGGUUCUGCCUCCUCUGAUUCUUGUUCGUCUGGAGAAGACCGACUGGCUACGUGCUCGCCCUAAGAUGGUCAUGCCUGUCAACCUGGCUCUGGUGCUGGGCACUUCGCUGUUUGCGCUGCCUUUGGCUCUUGCGGCCUUCCCCUCUCGCCAGGCUAUCAACGUCAGCAGCCUUGAAGAGGAGUUCCAGGGCCGCGGUGGCGAAGGUGGCAUGGUGGAAUUCAACCGUGGUAUGUAA